AGGAAAAUACGAAAUUAAAUAAUAAUUAAAAUAGAAUCAGUGUUUUAUUUGGACAAUACUAUACUACUAUACUAUACUACUACUAUACUAUACCAUACUAAAGGGCUGGCCAAAAAUUAUGACUUAAAGAUUCACUGCCGCAAGCAAGUCGCUUAUUGAAUGGGCGUAUUGAAUGCCAAAUCGAUUGCUACGCAAAUAAAAAAUCAAACAAAAGAAAACUUUACAAAAAGGAAACAGCAAAAAUGUUAAUGUAAUCAAAUAACAGAGAAAGUGCAUUCCGGCCAACAGCAACAAUCAAGCUAAUGAGGGUGAGGUGGCCACAUGUGUGGGCGUCUACGAACGUCACUUGAUAGCACCAUUGACAUGAACAACCCCCCUCGGACCGUGUCGGAGGAGAAAUCAAUCAGCAGAGCACACAAAUGACCAACUCAGAGGAACGAAAAAGCAAUAAUUAGCAACGUAAUUAGUAGCAAGCCCGAUAUUCUUCCAAAACUUAAGGUCAAAAUUGCGCAUCGCCAUGUUUUCCGAAGCAUAUGACACCGAUGAGCUGGACACCAUCGCCGAUGUCAUGGGACUCCGCUCACAGGCUCGACUAAACACAUUUCGCGAAAUGUGGUACCACUUAUUUCUGUGGGCCCUCUUCUCAUCCAUUUUUAUCCACACCUGUGCCGCCCUCGUGGCGUUUGUCACGCUUCGAAAGCAUAAAUUCGGUCGAUUCUUCUCCAUACUAAUUCUGGUCAUGGGAUUCUUGUGCCCGGCUUCUAGUGGGAUCAUUAGCAGUGCGGUGAUUGCAUUUGUGCAUCGCGCUUCCAGCCUGCCCAUGUCGCCUAUUUAUGCAAUGGUCUGGGGUCUUGGACAGACUAUAGUCUCGGCGUGCCUGGGCUUCACCCGAAUCUUGGCCACGCUCUAGAUUAUGGUCUGAAAUUUCAUCAUAGAACGUUCGUCGCUUGCUAUUUUUUUUGU